AAUUUUAGAAAUGUCUUGAGCAGAAAAACCUCGGUCGGUUCAGCCUUCCCCAAGAGCGAGCCUCGUCCUUCUUCUCUGCCCCUCGUCUCCCCACAUCUCAUGUCCAACUGCUUGUUCCGCAACCCACGCCUGGCUUCAACCCCUCUUCGACUGUAUCCUGCAAUCAUGGCGGGUCCUGCGAAUAAACGCCAAAAGCGAGAGGAGUACAAGAACUCCUACCGCGAGGAGAGUACAGUGGCGCUGCCCAAGAAGAAAUUCUACAGACAGAGAGCCCACGCCAAUCCUUUCUCAGAUCACCAAUUGACGUACCCCGUCAGCCCUGAAAGCAUGGAUUGGUCCUCAUAUUAUCCAGCUUUCGUCUCAACUCCUCCAGGAUCUGCCGUAGAAGAUUCGAAUGCGGCCACGGAUGGCGUGCGGAAGCUGAGCCAAGAUGUCGAAGUGGCAGAUAUUGGGUGCGGAUUUGGAGGCCUCCUUGUUGCUCUUGCGCCUAAGCUGCCAAAUACUUUGUUAUUAGGAAUGGAGAUUCGAACACAAGUCACAGAAUAUGUCCAAGACCGUAUCAAGGCUCUACGAGCCCAGAACGCAGACACAGGUUUAUACCAGAACGCUGCAUGUCUGCGAGCCAACACCAUGAAGUUCCUGCCAAACUUCUUUAAGAAGCACCAGCUGUCAAAGAUCUUCCUCUGCUUCCCAGAUCCGCACUUCAAAGCCCGGAAGCACAAAGCCCGAAUCGUUUCUACUACACUGAAUUCCGAGUAUGCAUACGUGGUCCGCCCAGGAGGCAUUAUCUAUACGAUUACGGAUGUGGAGGACCUCCAUAACUGGAUGGUUCAACACUUCGAUUCCCAUCCAUCCUUUGCGCGUGUUCCGGAGGAUGAACAAGAAGCAGAUGAGUGUGUGUCGGUCAUGAGAACGGAAACAGAGGAAGGGAAGAAGGUCGAAAGAAACAAGGGCCCAAAGUUCGUAGCAUUGUUUCGGCGUUUAGAGGAUCCUGAAUGGUAAUUUAUUGUGAUACCCAGAGAUUGUACUCAUCAUAGUAUAAUUGCAAAUUGCGAGUAGUACAAUAACGAGAUCAUCUUGAUUUUCGAGGCACG